AUGCAGUUCCUCAUUGCUUUUCUGGUUGUACUGCCUUUCGCUUCGGCACAAUUUCCCGGCUUCGGACAAAGACCAGUCGGCGGUUUUGGCGGCCGUGGAGGCUUCAACGGUGGCGGGCCUUUAUUUCAAUCGGGAGGCGAACGUAGUUAUUACGUGAGAGGUCGCUUGGUUUGCGGAAUUCAAGGAGCUCAAGGAGCAAGAGUCUCCUUGUGGGAGAACAGAGCAGGUGGAGGCCAACCAGACGUGCAUGACGAAGACGUGAUUGACGCUUCUGGAACAGUCAGUCUGAAAGCCGAGAUACGUGGAAGCAGUGGCGGAGGUACCAUUAAUCUCGAGGCUCGCUAUUCUGAGGAGAGUAGUGGAUUCAAUGGUGGUGGUCGUGGAGCAGGAUUUGGUAGUGGUGGUCGCCUUGGUGGUUUUGGACAAUUUGCUGGAUUACCUCAACCAAUCCAAUGA